UAACCAAUUUCCUUCAGUUUCUCCUUGAUAAUCUGCAUCAGUUCCUCCUCCCAUGACAUGAGCACUUUGCAAGGCCAAGCUCCAGUGAGCAGUUAUGGAACCAAAGUGUCCUGGAGGAAUCUGGAUUCCUGUUCCUGUACUGUUAACUCUCAUUUGCUUCUGAUUUAUCCUAACUAAUUCCAAUGCAUGAAGGUCCAGCCCUGCAGCCUCUGGGCUGGCCCUGCCAGGGCCAUCACAGCCAGAACAAUUUCCCAGGCAGUCCAAGUCUCACUGUCCAUGGCUCAGGGGCUCACUGGGCAGGCUCAGGGGCUGCCCCCGGGGAGCGCGGGGCUGGGCGCGGGGGCGAGCGGGCAACGGACAAACGGACACGGGGACAAACGGCCCCGGAGCUUCAGUUGCUUCAGUUGCAGCGGCAGCAGCGGCAGCAGCGGCAGCAGCAGCAAAAGCAGCGAAAGCAGCGACUUUGUGGAGUCCCUCUUGCUCCUCCUCUCCCUCUCCCGCUGUCCCGCAGCCUCUCCCGCUCUCCCGUUCCCGCUGUCCCCUCCCCUCCCAGUCUCUCUCUCCCCAUGCCCGGCCGGGCCAUGCCCCCGGCCCGCCCCCGGCCCCGGGCGGGGCUGUCCCGUCCCCGGCCCCGUCCCCGUCCCCGUCCCCGGCCGUCCCGCCGCGGUCUCUCCCCCGCCCGGCUCUGGCCGUGCUGGCGCUGGCGCUGCUGGGCGGGCAUCAGUGCCUGGGGCUGGGGCGGCAUCGCCGCCCUUUGGCUCCGCCUGGCCCGAGCCCGGCCCCGGCCCCGACGUGGGCUCCAGUCCCGGCCCCGGCCCCGGCUCCUCCCGGGCCCCGCGGAGGACACAGGCGGCGCGGCCGCUGCCGCCGCCUCCGCUGCGGCUUCCCCGGCCCGAGCUCCGCCGCUCGGCAGCGCGGCCGCCGGCCCCGAGCCGCCGCUGUCCCGUUGCCAGCAGAGAACGCCUGGGGAUGGCCGGCCCGGGGCGCUCGGGGGGCGCUCGGGGGCCGCUCCUGGCCCCGGGCCGAGCGCUGACAGCCGCGUCCCACCCGCAGGGAAGGCGCAGGAGGCCCUGCAGGAGCGGUACCGGCUGGGUUCGCUGCUGGGCAGCGGCGGCUUCGGCAGCGUCUUCGCGGCCACGCGGCUCUCGGACGGCGCCCCGGUGGCCAUCAAAAGGGUGCCGCGGGAUCGCAUCCGGCACUGGGGCGAGCUGCCCGACGGCACCAGCGCACCCCUGGAGAUCGUGCUGCUGGCCAAGGUGGCCUCUGGCUGCGCUGGUGUCAUUCAGCUCCUGGAGUGGCUCGAGCUCCCCGACAGCUUCUUGCUGGUGCUGGAGCGCCCGGAGCGGUGCCAGGACCUGUCGGGUUUCCUGGCGGAGCGGAGGUUCCUGCCGGAGGAGGAGGCGCGGGGGCUGUUCCGCCAGGUGCUGGAGGCCGUGCGGCACUGCACCAGCUGCGGGGUCCUGCACAGGGACAUCAAGCCCCAGAACAUCCUGCUCGACCUGGCCACCGGGCAGCUGAAACUGAUCGACUUUGGCUGUGGCGCCUUCCUCCAAGACACAGCCUACACCCAGUUUGCAGGAACCCUGUCCUACAGCCCACCAGAGUGGAUCCACCACCAUCGCUACCACGGCGAGGCAGCGACCAUCUGGUCCCUGGGCCUCCUGCUGUGCCACCUGGUCAUGGGCAAGCACCCGUUCAGGAGGGGCCAGGAGAUCAUCUGGGGGCGGAUCUUGUUCCCACGACGGCUGUCUCAAGAGUGCCAGGAUGUCAUUAAGAGGUGUUUGUCCAUGCAGCCCUUGGAGAGGCCAUCCUUAGAAGAGCUUUUCCACGAUCCUUGGGUGCAGGGUGUUCCUCUGCCCUAGAGGAUGGGAGAGAUCCACGUGCACAGUUGGAUCCAGGGGCCUGGCAGCUGGGGCCCUGGGCAGAACCCUGACAGCCUGGUCUGGCCCCAGGGAAGGAGAAGGAGCCCCUGGAGAAGCUGCACCAGGUGGGGCUGCUGCUGCUGGAGACACCAAGGACAACCUCAAGGAUGACAAUCUCUUCCUGGGCCUGGCCAGCUGAAGAUGAUGGACUUGGAUUCUGGCACCUUCUCCAAAGCCAGGCUCCACAGGGAAUUUGCAGAUGAGUCCACACGCAGGGGGAUGCUCCCAGAUUUUGGGCAUUGUUCAGCCUGGCUGGGAGCCAAAGGUUCCCCCUUUGCUGGGGCGGAUGCAGCUGAUCCUUCAGUCGGCUGCCAGGCUGCUUUUGGCAGGGCUGGGGGCAUGGGCUGGGGUGGGUACGAAAUGGGAGUGGGCUCCUGGCCCUGCCAACAGCCCCCAGCACCCACCAUGCCCCGGGCUGGGGCUGGGGCUGGGGCAGCCAGCCCGACACAAACCAACCCCCAUGGUGGGAGCAGAGGUGGGACUCCAGAACCUGUGCAGGGGCUGCUUUGCUUUGCAGGCAAGGAAGGGCUUGGGCUGUUCCACUGCCCCUGUUUGCUUUGAGAUCACUGUUAUUUUGGGGGGCAGUGCAGGGGGAAGGGAGAAAGCCUGGGCUUCCCUCACCCAGGGGUGGGUUUUUCCCUGGCAUGCAGGGGUUGGGCCUUCCUCAAGCCCCUGACAGAGAGAAGAUUUUUGUCCUUUUUUCUUGUUCCCCUUUUUGUCUCUAAUCUAUUUUCAAUCAUUUGUUGUGUGUUUUUCUAGAGGAAGCGUUCCAGGUGGGGUCCAGUGUGGAUGGGGAAGUGCUUGGGAGCAGCUGUGGCGUGGAUGGGCCGUGCCCUUGGAGAAGGCUGAGGACAUCGUUUGGGACCAGCUUUUCUUCCAGCGGUGGAUGGCGUCAGCCGGGCUCUGCGGGUGCUGAGGCUGCUCUGGGCUCUGCCAGGGCUCUGCUGGAGCUCAGCACCGGGCCAGAAUCAGCCAAAGAAGAAAUGGUGUGCCCUGCAGCACAGCCUUGCUUGAGCAUUUCAGCAACAUAGCUCAAGUCUGCAGAGUGUACACCUCCAAGGGAAAACAUGCCACCACCCAAAAAAUAAACUUGUUCAAUAGCUUCUGAAAUGAAAUCAAUCUGGGAUGACCCCAAAUGACAUUUUGCAGCUUGC